AUGUUCCCUUUUUUAACCAACCCUUCCGCUCUAGCACACAACCCCGCGUCAUCUGCCUGGUGCCUUAUCGCAUCUCCAAUGUCGGGGAUGACACACGCCUCCGUCAAAAGAUCCUGCCACCUGCCCAGUUGGAGUUGGUGCAGGCGUUCUUCAAUUUCCUUCCAUCUGCUCCCCUCAACUGGUUCGGGUGGCGGGCGUAAGAGCCUGCCGCCUCUUGAUUCGCUGCUGGGAACACCUGUUCUGGGCGAUCGUGGCGUUCCCGCCACGUUCCCAAUCUCACUACCGCCUCUCUUCCGCCCACGAUCGCACCCCCCCGUCCGCCCCUCGUUCCCCUUCCGCCGCCUCGAGCUCCCCGGGCCGCUGCUCCUCCCCGUGCUUGCGUCCCGUUGUUCCGUCCGCCCUGCUCGACCUGCGGCGCCCUCCCCGCCGGGAUCCACGGGGUGUGUGCUUGACUCGGCUGAACUUCCCUCGAUGGAGGUGGAUGCCCUUGCGCUGGUGGCGGUUGCCCUUGCAGAAGCCAGCCCAGGAGGGGUCCCGGGACGCCAGGUCCCAGCCCUGCUCCGGGCCGUCUCGGCGCUGGCUGGACGCGGAGCUUCUUCCCCGUCUUCCCGCGAGCGGCGCAAGCAGCGGCGCCAGUCCCGGGACCCGGUCUAUCGCUCCCCGCCCGGCCGUGCUCCUGCCUGUUUGCGGCCACGCCAGCAGCAGACGUUCCGGCGGACUCAGCGGCAGUCGGCGCAGUCUCUUCGUUCGGGGGUACUCCCUGUCGCCUCGUCGCUCCAGUCACGAUCGCAGCAAUCUCGACCGUCCCGAGCGGUGACGGGGAUUCAGCCAACGGCACCGUCUGUACCUCCUCCGCAGCCAGGCCCCCGCCCACAGGUAGCAGCGGCGCCGUCGGGCUCAGCGCCGAGGGUGAAAUUAAGCCGCCGUCAGAGGCGGCAGCAGUCUCUGCAGCAGACACUCCCCCCGCCGUUCCCACCACUUGUGUCCCCUCCCGUGCCGUCUCCGUCACCUCAGCCGCAGCAGCCACGUCAGUCUCCUCCAGCGGCGUCGCCGCCCCAGGCUCCGGCGCAUCCGCCUCCGCCGCGAAACCAGUUUCCGCUGCCUCAGCCCCAGCUGCAUCUGCCGCCGACUCCCAGGUGUUGCUAUUCCCUCACGUCCCGCUAG